AUGGACUUCCCAUUGCCUUUCUCCGCCUCCUCUCCUGUAGAAGAAGUUGACAUUAGCGAAUUAUUUCGAGACGGCUACGUGAAUUGUAAGUUUCCUCUAGAUGGAAUAGUGGGAUUUUUCUCUGUCCGGUUUGCCACGUCCAACGCCAAAGAAAUGGCAUCGUACUUCCAGUUCGCCAUGGGGUUUGAGCUUGUGGCCCAAAAGAGCUUGGAAACAGGCUCCAGUCUCAUUGCUUCUCAUGUUUUGAAAAAUGGGAAAGCCGUGGUGGAGAUUGUCACUUCCAUCAAAGUAGCAUCAGAAGAGGCCGACGAUGGCGAAACUUUAGCUGCUUUGUUUGGAAAUGACACCAAUUCGGUUUCUAUGGCUCGAAUUGUGUCUCAAUAUGAAGAAGUACGCCAGCAAAAGAAACCGGAUGUGGCUUACGAUGCACUCUUGGCCUACUUGUCCGAUACAUUUGUCGGCCGUCAUGGUAUGGGCGUUAUAGACAUUUUGCUUGAAGUUACCGACGUGGAUUCUACUUACUCCCGGGCCAUGUGCAAUGGUGCUCUUUCGCUUGAAGUUCCCCAUAUCUUGUCAGAUUGUCAUGGCGUUGUGAGAGUGGCUAAAAUUGGCGUUCCAGGAACAGACAUGCACCAUACUCUAGUGCAGAAAGUCGACUAUGACGGAGUUUAUUUACCAGGCUAUAAAACCAGUCUGUGCAACAAUCAGCCCCAAUUGCCAUUUGCUCCCGUGUCAAUAUGUGAAAUCGACCACUGCGUCCAAAACUACUCGUGGAACGAAAUGUUCAAAUACGCCAGGUUCUACGCUUCAGCUUUGGGGCUCCACAAGUACUGGUCAGUGGAUGAGUCGGAUGUUUCCACCACUAACACAGCACUCCGAUCUCUAGUCAUGGCCAGUGCCAAUGGGAAAGUCAAAAUGCCCAUUAAUGAACCGGCAGAAUCCAAGUUGGUGGGCCAGAUUGAAGAGUUCUACCAAUAUUUCAACGGUCCCGGAGUACAACACAUUGCCUUACGUACCAGAGAUAUACUUCAAUGUGUUUGCUCUAUGCGGACCCGUGGUGUUGAUUUCAACGAAAUGUCCUCUGACUACUACGAAGGUCUCAUGGCGAGGCUUGCAGAACACAAUAUUGUGUUGACUGAAGACAUGGAUAAACUUCGAGCAAAUCAUAUUUUGGUCGACUUUGACCCGGCCACGCGAUUUGCAAGAAAGAAUGGCACUUUUGGGUGCAAUUACAUUUUGCAGAUUUUCACCAAACCGUUGCACGACAGACCUACUUUUUUCUUUGAGAUCAUCCAGAGACAUCAUCACAAUGGCUUCGGCAAGGGCACAUUCAAAGGCUUGUUCGAAACAAUCGAACGCCAGCAACAACUACGGGGAACACUUGUGCCCUCCAACAGGAGAACUAUAUAG